AUGGCUGAAGACAUUGAUUAGAAAUUACUUUAGAGAUUUGAAAUAAUCCAAAAAAUUCGGAAAGUUUCUGGAGGUGUCAUUUGGAAAGCAAUAGAUAGGAAAACUAAUAGUGUAUUUGAAUUUAUUGAAAUAUUGUUAGUCGCUAUUAAAAAGAUCGAUUAUUCAGCUAAUCCAUUACAUCUUUUGAAAUCAAUGAGAGAAACUGUCAUUCUUUAAGAAAUUUCAAAACAUCCAAAUAUUAUGAAAGUUUUAUCAGUUAUAAAUAAAGGAAAUGAUCAAUAUACUAUUUAUGACUUUGUAGAAAUGGAUUUGAUUUCUUUAAUAAAAGUCAAGAUACUCCAACCAGUAUUUAAUUAUCAAAUUCUAAUAGAAACACAUACAAAUAAUAUUAUCGAAUAUUGUAAAUACUCUUUAUUUUAUUCAUUCUGGAGGAUUAGUUCAUUUAAGUUUGACUCCAUCUAAAAUAUUGGUUGAUUCUGAAUGUCAAAUAAAAAUGAUAGGUUUUGGAUUCUCUUAAUUACUAUAAGUUAAAGAUCCAAAAUAUACAUGUCUACAUUAUCUUCCACCAGAAAUCUUAUUAUAAGGAAAAGUAAAUACAUCUGCAGAUAUUUGGUCAUUAGGGUGUAUUUUUGGAGAGAUGUUGUGUCAUCAUCCCUUAUUUGUAGGUAAUUCAACAUUCAAUCAAAUCGAAAAGAUAGUAGAACUAAUUGGUAAACCUAGUGAUACUAAUUUAAGUGAAUUAGCACCUUAUGUUCUAUAAGGCAUAUAACCAGAUAGGAAGAAGACAUUCACAAGUAUAAGUAAUGAUUCUACUGCAAUUGAUUUAUUAAAAAGAAUGCUUGUUUUUUUACCUCAUGAAAGAAUUACAUUAAUUGAUAUUUUGAAACAUCCUUAUCUUAAUGAAUUUGCAAAUAAAUGUGAAUUAAAGAAAGCUAUUGCUCCCUUUUAGAUUGAAGAGAAUUCUUUUAAAGAAUUUUAGAAUAUUUUAAGAGAAAGAGGUAAGAAGGUUGAGUAGCCUUCAAUUAAUAAUUCUUUUAAUUAAUAAUUGGAUACUAGUAGAAAGAAAUCAUUUAGAGAAUCAUCUCCUAUAUCUGCUUUGAAAUAAAAGACAACAACUAAGAUCAAAGUUAAUUCUCCUAUUUAAAGUCCUAAAAUAUAGAAAUUAUAUUAAAUUGAUGAAAAAUAGAGAUGA